UUCUGCUCAUGGGUCGCGGGUAGUUCGCAGCGUCGCGCGCGUGAGUCUGGAGAGGGCAUUAUUUAAAACAUGACAGAAUCGCAAUACGUCACUGUCAGUCGUGUCCGUAUGUCAACAAAAUUGUGCCUUUGUGGAAAAAUUGUCGUAUUUGAUUUUCUUGUUUGCCUUUUACAUAUGCUGCUGUUCUAAAAAUGAACGAGAUGUACAGUUUCCUCAUUUCUUAAGCAAACAGUAUUUAUUAUCUUUCCCAAUUCUUCAUCGUUAUCACAGUGCAGCAUUCUAAAACGAUAAAUUCUGUGUUAGAGUUGACUUGUUGAUUGUAGUAGCAGCUUUAGGUGGUUAAAAAUGGUUAAAAUAUACUGCAUCAGUAUCUUGCAUAAAGGACCAACAAAUGCAACUUGGUUGAAGUCCGCAUUCGACUUGCAAAGCUUCAGUUUUUUCCAGCGCAGUUCAGUUCAAGAGUUUAUGUCAUUUUUCUGCAAAACUAUUGUGGAACGGACUAUACCUGCUUCACGGCAGUCUGUUAAAGAAGGCGAAUAUCUAUGCCAUGUGUAUGUGCGAGCAGACAAUUUAGCUGGUGUCGUUAUAACAGAUCAUGAAUAUCCUGCAAGAGUAUCCCACACACUUGUAACAAAAAUUUUAGAUGAAUUUGCACAACAAAUACCUGCAUCUAGUUGGUCAAAUCUCCAAGAGAAAGAUGUUCAUUUUCCACAAUUAAACACAUUUUUAGCCAAAUACCAGAAUCCUCGUGAGGCUGAUGCUUUAACAAAGAUUCAAGAGGACCUCGAUGAGACAAAAAUUAUACUGCAUAAUACCAUACAGGCUGUACUAGAAAGAGGAGAAAAGCUGGAUGAUUUGGUGUCAAAAUCAGAGGGACUUAGUAUGCAGUCUAAAGCUUUUUAUAAAACUGCCAGGAAAACAAAUAGUUGUUGUAAUUUUUAAGUUAUAAUUGAUAAAACAUUCCUUUGAUUCAUCACAUUGACAAAGGUGUGUAUUAUCAGAGUGGAUGGAAUAAUUUGUGAAGGAAAGUAUGGCACCAAUUAUCCAAAUGUUGGGAGCAGUCCAAUUCUGCUCAAAGUGAUAUACAGUGUACUCCAUCUAUAACGUACAUGGGAUGUAACGUACUUCCAGUUAUUACGUACUUAUUUCAUUGCACCCGCCCAAAUAGUCUUGUAAUUUUACUGGAUAUAGCAUACCUGAUUAAAAUUUAAACUCUGGCUGUAACGUUCAAUAUUUUUACCCCCUUAGUAGUCAUAUUCUGGUUAUAACGUACAAACGUACGUUAUGAACAGAGUAAUCGCUGUCUCGCGUUGGCGGGAAUGCCGCCGGCGCGGCACCGGGGAUUUCCAGUUAUCGACUCUGGGAAAUUUUAUAGUGCGGAAUGAAAUGUCAGGUAGUUUUAGAUUGGACGUUGCAUUUAACUGUGCGAAUUUUCAGUACAUAUUUAUUGUUUAGUUAAAUUGACAGAUACGCGCAAAGCUAUGAGUUUGAAAGAAAAGAUCAUUAAAAGUAUCGAGAGUGGCAUCGGCAAAUCGUAAAUUGCGAGAAGGAAAAAUAUGGCAAAAACAACAGUUCCUACAAUUUGGUGCAAUCGUGAAAAAAUCAAGCAAGCAAGUGAAUAUAAUACGCAGAGAAUUAAGAAAACUACAAAUCCCGUAUGUCCAGAUGUGGAUCAAGCUCUUAUACGAUGGUUUGAGGUGCGAAGAACCGAAAAUAUUCCUAUAAGUGGUUUGAUUUUAAAAGCAAAUGCGAUUUUAGGUGCAUUACGGGUUAGUUCGAGCGAUUCAAAGUUCGUCACAACAUAAAUGUCGGCAAAGUAUCUGGUGAAGCAGGAGAUGUUAACAAGGAAGCUGUGGUGAACUGGUUAAAAGGAUAAAUGGCCAGGCAUUGCACAAAAUUACAGCUGUGAGGAUAUUUUUAAUGCGGACGAAACCGGACUAUUCAACAAGAUGACUCCAGACCGAACACUGAGAUUUACAGGAGAAAAGUGUCUGGGAGGCAAACAAUCAGAGCAGAGAUACACCGUUUCGGUUUGCGCAAAUAUGACAGGUAGUGAAAAAUAAACUUCUUGUUAUUAUUGGUAAAUACGAACGACCGAGCUGCAUGAAAAAUAAACUUGCCUGUCAUUUGAAAAUCGAACAGACGCGCUUGGAUGAUUUCAGACAUUUUUAUUAAUUAUUUGAAGGAGUGGGAUGAAAAACUAAGACGUUAAAAAAGAAAAAGAUUGCUUCUAGUUGACAAUUGUGCAGCUCAUCCUAAGAAUGUAGAUCUCUCAAAUAUCAUCGUCGUACAACCGAUGGAUCGAAGCAAAUGCCUUAAAACAUAUUAUCGUAUAUAUUUUAUGUAUCGCCUAAUCCGAGCAUUGGAUAAUGAGGAAACUUUCAACAUAACAUUUUUAGACUCUAUAAAAUUAAUUGCACAAUCAUGGAAGGAUAAGUUUCGAAAAACACUAUUGAAAACUGCUUUCAUCAUGUUGGUCUAGUGAAAUCGAUCGACGAGUUUGAUUCAGAUGAUGACUUGCCUCUGAAUCAGAGGUCUGGGAAAUACAAAGGUGUUCAUGAUGAUGAUUGGAAGGUCCCUCUAAGUGAUUGAUUGCGAAGUCACUGCCCAGACGUAACUACUGUGGAAAAAUAUCUUCCUGAACUAGAUAAUUUUACGACCAUCGACGAUAAUUCGGCAGCAACAGACCUUAACAGAUUGUGACAUUAUUGGUGAAGUUAUAGAGCCAAACUAUUCAACGAAUGAUUUAAGUUCCGAUAACGAAAGUGGCGAUGAUGAUGGACAAGUGAACGAACCAAUUCCAAGUUAUUCUGAAGCACUUUGUGCAAUUAAAACUUACAGAUUUCGUACAAUUUACUGAUUACGGAUCUGAUGAUACAAUUUUACAAGCCUCGUUAAAAGUUGAGAAGCACAUUGAGAAUAUAAAGUGUGUAAAAAUAUCAACAAACAAAGUAACAAGUUAUUUUUUCGAGAAAUGAUAACGGAAUGGUAAUUACAUAUGUAAUUGUACAUAUUGAAUUUGAUUAUGUCCUAUUUCAAUGUUAUUUAUACCUAGAAUGUAUUCUUAUUUAGUUUAGCCCUUUAAUUGAACCAAAUAAAAAUUUACAUAUUUAUUUUUAUGUUUUUCCUUCAUAGCGUACCUCCGGUUAAAGUACUCAUUUUUUUGGCCCUAGCCCUAGAGGGUUUGUUAUAACUGGAGUUCACUGUAUAUCCAAGGAACUGCUCAACCAAAAACAUUUCUAGAUGGCAUUGGUGAGAAAAACUUAAUUAUGUAGUUUAAAAGGCAAUUUUACUUUUGCAUAAACUUAUUCAAAACAUAUGCCUUCCCCUCUGAUUGUCACACCGUCAACUUACAAUGAGAUUAUAUUUAUUAUUAUUGACCAUUUGCUGUUCAUAAUAAUGGCAAUUUGAAUGUUUGUGGAAACAUCAGUUUAUAUAUGUGGUGUAUGGUGUACCAUAAGCUAAAUGUGAAAAUUGUAUUCAACUAUAUUCUGCAGAAAUAUUACCCCAAAUAAAUGAUCUAUGUGAAAUAUAUUGAGUCAAAAUACAUUGUGAAUAUGAGAUUGGAAUUCCAAGCCGCUUAUAGAUAACUAAGUUGAAAAUGCAAAGAGAUUCCUAGUGUUAUUUUUCAGCUCAGCAAAAGGUAACUGGUUUUUAAGGUUGGAGUAAUUUCACUGCAAAACUCUUUGUGGACAAUAACCUCCUCUGUCAUUGCUAGUUAAAGCAUAAAUUAAUAUUAGUGAAAUAUUUGGGUCUGUGUCGCUGUUUACUUGGAUGUUAAUAAAAAGGAUAGUUAAAUGUCACUGUACUAUUCCAUAUAAUUAUUUGACUUUAUUGCUGACAGUUGACAGAAGAAAAGAUGUUUUAUAGGACACUUUUGCUCUAAAGGUGUGCUUAGUUACAUAUUUAUGUGUCCUACAAUUGUUUAAGGUAUUCCACCGGGAAUGCAUUAAUCAAUGGUCCUAGUGAGCACUUUAGCUUGUAGGACUUACAAUGAGAAUAUACAAUAUAUUUAUAUGUACCAAAAUGUAUGAAUGUAUAUUGUUUAUUUUUAUGUAUAUUAUAAAAUGUUAUUACUGAUCAAUGUUUAUUUUUUAUAAUUCAUUGUCAUCUGAAUAAUAAUUUGGCAUGUUAUAUACCUACAUAAAGCACUACAAGAAAGUCCGCAUUUAAUUAAGUGCUGGGCAUUUACCCAGACCAAUAAACAUUCAAAAAUAAGGACAACAUUUGAGACUUGAUUUUCAGAACACACAACAGGACCCCAUUUUGACUUUUAUGUUCAAGUAUAGCUCUUUUUUAUUUAGCACCCUCAAGAAGUGUUUUAGAUUUUGUAUUGGAAUUUAAGUUUCUCAACUGUUUUAAAAAUUUGAAUAAGACACAAGUUUUUAAUAGCUGAAAUAGUUUGUUUAUACCCAUUUUGUGUUAAAAAACCUAUUUAGAAUGUGUACACUGAAUGAUGAAAUGGUUUGCUAGCAAAGGAAUCAGCCAAUGGGAUUUUGUUUUUAUCAUGCAUGCCGGCAGAACGUGAUCGUACAUUCAUGCCAAACUUCAGAGGAAAUAAAGUUUAUUUUCCUUAUUAACGGGAUUCCCUCCCUAGCAAAAGUUGGCUCAUAGUCUAAGAACAGGACGCGGAAAUACAUUUUGGUGCGAAACUUUGCAUUUGAACUUGAGGGCACUACAUUCGUACAAAAGUCGAUACGAGAGGGUACCCAAAAAAAACCGGAAUUAUUUUUUUAAAGCUAUUUAUUUUCAACUUUUUCACAAAGUAACCUUAUCUCCUUCAAAAUACUGUCCACUACAACUAAUACACUUGUAUAUGCA